UGAUUUUGGAUUAAACGGAGGGAGAAACUGACAAAAAAUAACAAUUAGGGUUUGAUUCAUACUGAUGACUUUAUAAAGGAUGAUUCAUACUGAUGACUUUAUAAAGGAUGUUUGAACCUGGCCAUGGAUUCUAGCUUUACAAAUGGGUUUACAACAAGUAUGGAACCACAUCAAUUUGCAAAAAAGAAGGGGUGGAAUUGUCCAUACAUUUUCUUAACUAGGUAUUAGUUCGCGUGGCAGCCAUGAAAGGUCCCACCUUAGAGCUUAAUAUCAACUCAGCAAGUGACCUUGAGAAUGUCAACUACAUCACUAAGAUGAACGUUUAUGCCGUCAUAACCCUUUUGGGCGACAAAAAGAUUCAGAAAGCGAAAACCGGUGUAGAUCACUACGGUGGAUCUAGCCCUAACUGGAAUCACGCCGUCAAAUUUUCCGUCAAUGAGAGAUUAGCCCGAGAAGGUCGUCUAACACUCGUCGUGGGAUUGUUCUCCAGUCGACUCCUAGGCAGUAAAGAUAUUGGUGAGGUCGAGGUCCCAUUUGGAUACCUCUUACCGUCAACUAAUGGUAACGGUAAUGGCCAUGAAAUGAAGUUUGUGACGUAUCAGGUGAGAACUCCGUCUGAGAAAAUGAAAGGUUCUUUGACUUUCUCGUACCGGUUCAGUGACACAACAGUCAUUUCCGGUCCGGCUUACCAACAGGUACCAGCUUCGUGGGCUUCGCCGAGUCAGCAUGGUUAUGGACCGCAUUGUUACAUGCCGCAGCCGCCACCGCCGCAGAAUGAAGAAAUAAGGUUGCAGAAAGCUGGUCUUGUUGUUUCAGCACUGUCAUUAUUUCGGCACUGAGGUUUAUGCUUUCAGAUAAAGAAACACAAGUCAUAUAAUGGGAAAAAACAGAUUAUAGUUGUAGGGAAGAAGCCCGAGUGAGCCAACGCUGCAUCAUGUCACCAUGGAAGCUUGGCUUCCGCUUUCGCAGAGAGGAUAUCCUGUUCCUAAUUGUCUUGUCAAUGUACCGAACCAUUUGACCCGCACUGAGGGGAGUGCCCUGAUGGCGCCUGCUGUUCCUCUCACGCCAAAUACUAUGGAUGCUAGCUUGGAGAGCAAGUUUCAGGAAACAUGUAUCAAUUUCCCUCCGGCGAUGAGAUAGAAGAGAUGUGACGGUGAUAGUCCAGUCGGGAUUCACACUUUUUUUUUAUUCAUUAAGUCUAGAUGGUUAAGAUGAUUAUUAAGAGCAUAUCCAUUUGACUCAGCUGAAAAUCAUGUUUUGUAUGUUUUUCUUAUUAAACUCUCUCUGAAAAUCUUUUUUUUUAUUAUUCGAGGAGCAUUUUAAAUAAUUAA